AUGUCGACUGUUCCUUACGCAGAUCCACAACUCGCUAAUUUUCCGCCAUCAUUUGAUAUUGCUCGUCGCGAUGACUUCUUCGGCUUUAGCAAUGCAAUGGAAGCUAUUAACUCCAUCACCCCACAGCAAACUAAUCCGGAUGGGACUGCUCAACACCCCACACAAAUUGUAACUGUUAGUGGCGGAGCCAUUCCACUUGAAGUGGCCCUCGAGUCAUCCGGAGGAACAUUCUUUGACCUACGUGCUCCGAACGACAUUUUCGCCGAUAUGGACGCAAGAUUGAACCGACAGCGCGAACAUGUCUUGAAUUCUCCUCAAUUAUCAAACAUGCUUCGAAAUAUUUAA